ACGUUUGAUUCCUAAUCAUCACAUAAAUACAAAAACCUGGAGUAUAUAUAUCUUCACCGGCAAUCACCACCUCCAACCCACUCCCAGGCCCGGCCCAUGACCGACUCCACCACCGCCGGCGGCUCACCUCCGCCGCCCCAACUCCUCCCAAACCUACCAGACGACGUCGCUCUCCAAUGCAUUGCCAGAGUACCCAUCUCCCACCACCCCUCCCUCUCCCUCGUCUCCAGGUCCUGGCGGUCCACCGUAAACUCCCCUCUCCUCCACGCCACCCGAUCACUCCUCCGCUGCACCCAACACUUCCUCUACCUCAACAUCCGCAUCAACUCCUCCUUCAACUGGUACGUACUCGAUCAAAGCCCUACCAACCCUAGAAAACCAAGGACCCUUUUGCCCCUCCCCCCUCUCCCUUCCCAGCCAAUUGGGUCUUCUUUUGCCGUACUAGGAUCCAAAAUCUACGUCAUCGGUGGGGCUAUAAGCGAAAACCCGUCGAAUUCGAUCUGGGUUUUCGAUUGCCGGUACAAUAGAUGGGAAAUGGGGCCUAAAAUGAGGGUUUGUAGGGAGUUCGCGGCUUCGGGAGCAAUAAACGGGAAGAUUUAUGUGAUGGGUGGAUGUUUGGUGGAUAAUUGGGCCCGGUCGACGAACUGGGCCGAGGUAUUCGACCCGGUGGCGGGGUCGUGGGCGGCAGUUCCGAGCCCGAUUGAGGUUAGGGACAAGUGGAUGCAUGCUAGUGCUGUUAUUGAUGACAAGAUGUACGCGAUGGCGGAUAGGGGUGGGGUGGUUUAUGACGUGGUGGUGGGGGAAUGGGGGGAUGUGUCGACGGGGAUGGAUAUGGGGUGGAGGGGACGGGCGACGGUGGUGGAUGGGGUUUUGUAUUGUUAUGAUUAUUUGGGGAGGAUCAGAGGGUAUGAUGCGAAGGAGGAUGAGUGGAAGGAGUUGAUGGGAGUUGGGAAGGGGUUGCCUAAGUUUUUGUGCGGUGCUACGAUGGCGAAUGUGGGAGGGAAGUUGUUUGUGGUUUGGGAAGGGAAGGGGAGUGGGAAGGAGAUGGAGAUUAUGUGCGCGGAGAUUGAGGUUUGGAAGGAGAAGGGUGGGGUGUUGAGUGGCUCGAUUGUUUGGUCCGAUGUGAUUCUUGUUGUUCCGAAUAGGGCUUCCGUUGUUCAUUGUGCUGCGGUUGUAUUGUGAGUUUGGUAAUUCUCUGGGUUAUUAGUUAUUCAGAGGAAUAUCAGAGAAAAGGGAGGAGAUCCAGUUAAACUGUCUCGUUGGCUCUUCAUCUUUAAUCCAGCUUGGAUGUGGAAAUCCAGUGCCAAUAAGGAAGCAAGAUGUAAAUUACUCAAUACUAAAUAAACCUUGUGACCAGCAUGUUAUCAAUGUCUAUCUAUAUGAUUGCUCCAGUGGAAACCUUCUCUGUCGUCCUCUGGGGAGGUUGAGGGGGAGUUUCUUUCGGUUAAAAAUGCCAGAAACUUGCUCAACAGCAUUUUGGGGGUUCGGUCCAAUGACUCUGGAAGGUUGUAUCUCCUUGUUUAGCUCCUGUUGUAUUUGUUUAGAGCUUCUCAAUUUACCCCCUUAUAUAUAUUUGUAUAGUGUCUAAUCAACUGUUUCAAAAUGCUUGGGUCUUGUUGAUGAGGCUCUUCCUUCUUUUGCUGUGUUUCAAUCAGUUGUGUAGUAAAAUUUUAUAGAACAAAAGCAUUAAUUCCCUAUUCAGUUUUGUUGAACAUGUAACAUUACAAAUCCAGGACUGCUCAAAUACUUUGCAAUUCUCAGUCUUGUAAGGUAUUAUGUCUGUGUUAGGA